AUGGUUGUCGACUCUGCCCUCGAGAUCGAAAGGCGGCUUCCCUCGAAACUUGAGCAGGACUAUGACCGCGUGAGUGAGCUGAAAGCGUUUGAUGAGCCGAAGACUGGGGUUAAAGGCCUGGUUGACGCUGGAAUCCGAAAAGUGCCACGGAUAUUUAUCCACGAACCCGAGAGCUUCGACCGGAAAUAUGGUCGAGGGAGCUCCGACCUCGUGGUCCCGGUUGUAGACCUUGAAGGCAUGGCCGAUGAUCCGGUGGGGCGUAAACUAAUUGUCGGUCAAGUUCGAAGUGCCUCAGAGGAAUGGGGGUUCUUUCAGGUGAUAAACCAUGGAGUACCAGAAGAGAUCACGCAGGAGAUGAUUGCUGGGGCCAUAAGGUUUUUCGAUCAGGACCCAGAGAUCAAGAAGGCCUUGUACACGAGGGAUGCGACCAAGAAGGUGGUGCACAACAGCAACUUUGAUCUGUAUCAGUCCAAGGCAGCUGAUUGGAGGGACAACAUGUAUUGCCCUCUUGCUCCCAGCCCUCCACCAUAUGAAGAGAUCCCAGCCGCUUGUAGGGACAUCAUGCCAGACUACCAAAAGCAAGUGACCAAGGUAGGGCUCUUGCUGUUUGAGCUGCUAUCAGAGGCCCUGGGGCUGAAGCCAAGCCACCUCAAGGACAUAAACUGUGCAGAGGGGCUUGCAAUGCUCUUGAACUACUACCCUGCAUGCCCUGAGCCUGAGCUGACCAUGGGCACAAGCAAGCAUCAGGAUGAUUACUUCCUCACUGUGCUCCUCCAGGACCAAAUUGGUGGCCUCCAGGCCCUCCACAAGGAUCAGUGGGUAGAUGUUCCUCCAAUUCCUGGAGCCCUUGUGAUCAAUAUAGGAGAUCUUCUUCAGCUUGUAUCAAACGACCAAUUCAAGAGUGUUGAGCACAGGGCCUUGGCAAGCCGGGUCGGCCCGAGAAUGCAGCCAUCGUCGAGAGUCUAUGGGCCCAUCAAGGAAUUGCUGUCGGAGAGCAACCCUCCCAAGUACAGAGAAACAACGGUGAGGGACUACACAUACUACUUCAACAUGAAAGGGCUUGACGGCACUUCGGCUCUGCCACACUUCAGGAUUUGAACUCCGGAUCGCCCUUGUUGUGAAGCGAAGGGCGUUAUGAUCUUUCAUCCAUAUCCAAUAUGACAGAGGGUCAUCGAAACUGUGAUUGUACUAGCGAAUGUACUUCCUAUGUCUUUGGUCGGUGUUCUGUUCGGCUUGUGGUUCUGAUGUUAUGAA